UUAAGAGGAGAGCCUCUCUGCAUCUGCUGAUCUGUCAGCAGGCGCGGUGCCGCCGCCCUCCCCCGCGCACUGCCGCUGCUGCACCUUGAGACCGAAGCACCCGGCGUACAGAGGAACUCACUCUAUGCUGAUGCACCUGAGCCCGCGGAUCAUACAACUGAUAUUUGAUCGCCAUGGAUAAUCGAUAAUCGAAGCUAAAAUGCGCCAUGCCCACCGUCCUCGUCAUCCCGGGCUAUGCAGGUGUAAAAGGUAACCAGACUGAGAGCUGCUGGGAGAGGGACACACGGCCACGCUUUAUCUCCGGAUCAUUCAUGUUUUAUGUAUAGCCAUGACAUGCUGUAAUGCUCUGGGAUGGACUUCUGCCGGCGCGCGCCUUUAGUUGUAGUUUCAUCGUCUGUGCCCUCCUCGGUGUGUUGGGUGGUUCAGCUGGUUUGGCGAGUGCAGGGAGCAGCAGCAGCACUUUGACCAGUAAGUGUGAUAUAAACCGCUCUCACCUUACUGUGUGUGAAGUUUGCUGCACAUAAUGUACAUUUAUCAUUUUCAGACCUCCGAAACAAACACGAGCGCCCUGAAGCUGCUGAUGUAACACCACAGGAAGCUUCAUUUAAUAAUCUCACUCAUUAAAUGUGUGUUCACUGACGCUGGAGCUCAGUAUGUCCUCGCCGGUGGGUGAGCGGAGCCUGGGAGAGCUGCCUAUGGAGAGCUGGAUGUCUCACCUGCCAUGUGCCCUGUGGGACACCCCACUGUACCACCUGGCCAUCCCGGGCAGCCACAAUGCAAUAACCUACUGUCUGGAUAUGAAUGACAGAUCCCCUGUUGACCUCACCCAGCCUGACAUGCUUCAGAAGCUGGACAAAUACAUGAAGCCUUUCAUUCGCCCCUUUGUGUACAAGUGGGCGAUCACCCAGGAGUACACUAUAAAGCAGCAGCUGGACUGCGGGGUCAGAUACUGUGACCUGCGAAUUGCACACAGGCCCAAUGACAGCUCAAAUGAUCUUUACUUCUACCAUGGUGUAUAUACCACGCUGACUGUGGAGACUGUUCUAAUGGAGAUAAGAGAGUGGCUGGAUGCUCAUCCCAAAGAGGUGGUCAUCCUCUCCUUCAGCCACUUCCUCGGACUGAGCCCGGAGCUCCACAUGCUGCUGGUCACAACCAUACGCAACGUAUUCACCUCCAAACUCUGUCCCAAAACGGAACUUUUAACUCUUCGAAACCUGUGGGCGUUAGGCUACAAAGUGAUUGUGUCCUAUGAACACAAUAUAGCCAGCUGUCACAUCGACCUGUGGCCACACAUUCCUUACUGGUGGGCCAACAAAUGCAAAGCUGAGGCUCUUAUCGAGGAGUUUGAACACAGGAAGCAACACGGCCGACCAGGAGGUUUCUUUGUCACAGGAAUCAAUCUGACAGAGGACCUGAAGUACAUCUGCACACACCCUACAGAGUCCCUGAAGGACUUGGUGAUGUCCACGUAUCCAACGCUGCUGAGCUGGGUCAAGGAGCAGACCCCCGGCUCCAGAGUCGGCUCUCUCAACAUCAUUGCUGGGGACUUUAUCACAGAGAGCCAGUUUGUACCAACUGUUGUCACACUGAAUGAAAAACUACUGAAAUGGUCCUCGUGACUUUUCAUCUGUUUGCAUUACUCUACAAAAAAAUGUGAAUCACAGCAUGAAAUGAGCUUGUUUUGUUAAGAGUGACAGAAAAAGUACUUGAAUUACUCAUUUAAAUAUAAAUGCACUUAUUCAGAGGCAGUGAAAUGUAUAUUUCAGUCUUAAAGCGGCUUGAAAACAGACGUUUUGGUAUUUCUACCUGCACUUGUUUGUUUACAUUCAGUUCACUAUUUAUGCAAUGUACUGUAUCUGUUUCCACGAGUCAGCAAACGUGGCUGGUUUUAUGUUUCGAUGACCACAGCAAUAAUGAUACAACUAAUCUCACCUUGACGUAGGCAUUUUAGAUGAGUAAGCACAAACAAUGUAUUCAACGAGCACAUUUAAGUGUAGGUCACAAAUCUUUUCUAAUUAUGACAUGUGGGCAGCAAGUUAAAUAAGUAGCUAACCUGUAUCACCUACAACACACGUAUUUAUCCACAGAGAAUGUAGAGACGACAUGAAACUUAUGCAAAAUGCAUGGAAAUCUUAUUUGCAUGAACCCAACCUUGACUGUUUUACUUAAAAUUGACUUGAGCCAAAAGGUUAAGCCUUGUUUUAAAGUAAUGCUGCACCGCUGUGCCUGUGGAGAUGAGCUUUUCCAAUAAACAUGAGCAUUUUUAA